AUGGGUUUUAAUUCAAUUCUUCUAGUUGGUGGUAUUCUUGCUCUGAUCGCUUAUCAGCCACUUGGAGGAUCAGAGUCAUCUAUUACGAAUUUAGGUCUUGGCAUCGUGCUUUUAUCGGUGACGGUUUUCAAUGCUUUUCUCAAUGUGUAUCAAAAGCUCAAGUCGAUUAAGAUUAUCGCUGCGUUCGCAAAACUAUUGCCGAAAUCUGUUCCCACUCGGCGUGAUGGUGUAGAACAACACAUUCCGACUAUCGAGCUCGUUCCUGGUGAUAUUAUCUUAAUUAAAAUGGGUGAUAUCGUGCCAGCUGAUUGUCGAGUUUUAACUUGCGAAGGACUGAAGCUUAAUUCGGCCGAAUUAACCGGCGAAACAAAGCCCGUCUCAAUCACAGUUGAAUGUACUAGUGAAAAUUUGAUGGAGACAACUAAUCUUGGAUUCUAUUCUUCCCUUGUUGAAGAAGGUAUGGGGGAAGCAGUGGUUGUGGCAACAGGAAACAGCACCAUUUUGGGUAAAAUGUCACGCACAACGCAAGAGAGUUCAAAUGAAAGAACCACGAACCUACAUCGUGAAGUCAAUCGCUUUGUAUUGUUUGUUCUCGUCGCCGAUAUCACAAGUAUUAUUAUCCUUUGGAUUACAUGGGGAGGCUGGCUUAAUAAUAGCCAUCCAACAUUCAUUACUCUUAUUGGAAAUAUCCUCAAUUCCAUUGGAAUGAUCGUAAGUUUCUUACCUGUUGGUUUACCAUCUGCUAUUACGCUCGCAUUGGCAAUCGUGACUAAACGAAUGAGUCAACAGCGAAUCUUAGGGAAAAGUUUGCAAAUUGUUGAAAGUUUCAAUUCGGUUUCGAUAAUUGCCACAGAUAAAACAGGCACAUUGACAAAGAACAAAAUGGUCGUGAGCGAAAUCUUCUGGGAUACGGACAAUGGAUGUAAAGUGUUUGACGACGGCGAUGAANGAAGUAUUGAUAAAGAUGAGCGGGAGAUAACAUUUGAAUUUCAUUUCAAUUCGAUUGCUGUGGCCAGGAUCAAUAUGCAUCUAGUUUUGUUCGACCAAUGA